AUGGACGCUAACCGGCCGGGCGCGUUCGUGCUGAGCAGCGCGCCGCUGGCCGCGCUGCACAACAUGGCCGAGAUGAAGACGUCGCUGUUCCCGUACGCGCUGCAGGGCCCGGCCGGCUUCAAGGCGCCCGCGCUGGGCGGCCUGGGCGCGCAGCUGCCGCUCGGCACCCCUCAUGGCAUCAGCGACAUCCUGGGGCGGCCGGUGGGCGCGGCGGGCGGCGGCCUCCUGGGCGGCCUGCCCCGUCUCAACGGGCUCGCCUCGUCGGCCGGCGUCUACUUCGGGCCCGCGGCCGUGGCGCGCGGCUAUCCCAAGCCGCUGGCCGAGCUGCCCGGGCGCCCGCCCAUCUUCUGGCCCGGCGUGGUGCAGGGCUCGCCCUGGAGGGACCCGCGCCUGGCCGGCCCGGCCCAGGCCGGCGGGGUCCUGGACAAGGACGGCAAGAAGAAGCACUCACGGCCGACGUUCUCGGGCCAGCAGAUUUUCGCGCUGGAGAAGACCUUCGAGCAGACCAAGUACCUGGCGGGCCCGGAGCGCGCGCGCCUCGCCUACUCCCUGGGCAUGACCGAGAGCCAGGUCAAGGUGUGGUUCCAGAACCGCCGGACCAAGUGGCGCAAGCGGCACGCGGCCGAGAUGGCGUCGGCCAAGAAGAAGCAGGACUCGGACGCCGAGAAGCUGAAGGUGGGCGGCUCGGACGCGGAGGACGACGACGAGUACAACCGGCCUCUGGACCCCAACUCGGACGACGAGAAGAUCACGCGGCUGCUCAAGAAGCACAAACCCGCGAACUUGGCGCUGGUCAGCCCGUGCGGCGGCGGCGCGGGGGACGCCUUGUGA